AAACAAAAGGGUACCAUUAGGGACCAGGUAGAUAGGCCUCUGGCUUUUGGUUCUGGUUUCUGCAGUAGCAGCUCCUCCUCAAAGCAACUCCUGUCCGUUCCAGAACCUCCCAUUGUGACAGCGAAGUAGCUGCAGCUGUUCCAGCCCUUACAUACUUAACCCCCAGGCCAUACCUUACAGUCUCUUCUUGUGGUAGCUCAUGCACAAGUCCUGGGUUUCCUCCCUUCCACUGACCUAGAUUGGGUCAGUAGAAUGUAUCGAUUGACUCAAACCAAUCAGUGUCUGUCCCUAGAGCUAGGAGUGGGGUCACUUCCGCCAAAAUGAAGUCUAGGAGUUGGGUGGUGAUUGCUGGCAGGAGAAGAAGCUAAGGAGUAGAUGCUGAGGAGGUCCGGCCAGACCUCCCUGGAAGGUAGCAGCUGAGCAACUUGGACCGGCCGGCAGAUGCCAAGGGGAAAGAGAUGGACGUCUCAUACGUCCAGCCCUAUGGUCGGGCAUCUUGGAACAGAGACUUCUUCCUUACUGAGGAUGGGCAACAAGCGUUCCAACAGCUUCCGCCAGGCCAUUUUGCAGGGCAACCGCAGGCUCAGCAGCAAGGCCCUGCUGGACGAGAAGGGGCUGAGCCUCUCACAGCGGCUGAUCCGCCACGUGGCCUAUGAGACCCUACCCCGGGAGAUUGACCGCAAGUGGUACUACGACAGCUACACCUGCUGCCCCCCACCCUGGUUCAUGAUCACAGUCACACUGCUGGAGGUCGCCUUCUUCAUCUACAAUGGAGUUUCGCUGAACCAGUUUGUGCUGCAGGUGACCCAUCCUCGUUACCUGAAGAACUCCCUGGUUUACCACCCCCGGCUCCGAGCACAGGCUUGGCGCUACCUGACGUACAUCUUCAUGCAUGCAGGGGUAGAACACCUGGCACUCAACGUGGUGCUGCAGCUGCUGGUGGGGGUGCCUCUGGAGAUGGUGCACGGAGCGACCCGCAUUGGGCUUGUGUACGUGGCCGGUGUCGUGGCAGGGUCCUUGGCUGUGUCUGUGGCUGACAUGACCGCGCCGGUAGUGGGCUCUUCCGGAGGGGUGUAUGCUCUCGUCUCUGCCCAUCUGGCAAACAUCGUCAUGAACUGGUCAGGCAUGAAGUGCCAGUUCAAGCUGCUGCGCAUGGCUGUGGCCUUGGUCUGUAUGAGUCUGGAGUUCGGGCGGGCCGUGUGGCUCCGGUUCCACCCGUCGGCCUACCCGCCCUGCCCUCACCCGAGCUUCGUGGCACACCUGGGUGGUGUGGCCGUGGGCAUCACCCUGGGCGUGGUGGUGCUGAGGAACUAUGAGCAGAGGCUGCAGGACCAGUCGCUGUGGUGGAUUUUUGUGGCCAUGUACACCGUCUUCGUGCUGUUCGCCGUCUUCUGGAACAUCUUUGCCUAUUCUCUGCUGGACUUGAAGCUGCCACCGCCCCCGUAAGGGGCUGAGGACAGAGGAGGUGGGGAGGGGAGGGAGAAGCAGCAUCCAGAGGGAGCGCCUGGAUCUUUUUCUCAUCACCAGCUCAGUGAAGCCAGAGAGGAAAGGCAAGGACUCCGCUGCUACUGCGAUGUUUGUGUUUCCAUAUGGGGGGCACACGGUGGGGCCUCUUUUUUGAAAGGCACUGGAGGAGGAGUUGGAUAUGGCUGCUGUCAUUUUUCUAGCCUGUUCUGGUGACAUCAGGCCCGGGUAAAGGCCUGGGGUAGAGUGAGAGAAGCUGCCGGUUCCAUGGGCUGUCCUUUCCUGGCCACAGGUGGGGCAGUGGCUUUGUCCCUCAUCCUCCACCCUGAGAGACCCUGAGAGACAUAGGGAAGGUCUGAGGGUCUCUGUGGUCAGGUAGUGUUUCCUCUGUUUACUUUUUUUUUUUUU